CUCCUUGUCGGUAUAAAAUUGUUUAGAUCAAGAAACCAGGAUAUCCAAAAUAGUGAUAUAUUUUUCUUGCCUAACUCCACUGACAAAAGCUAACAAUAGUAUAAUUACCACCUACUACUUGGUUUUUUGAUUCAUUGGUAUCUUGUGUAUACUAUUCAAUAAAAAUCAAAUAUUAUUUAGUAUUAUUGACAUGGUAACAAAUCCCACAAGUUCAAAUUCUGAUCUAAUUACAUAUUCACAUCUCAAAGCAAAAAUUACUUAUAAAAACUGUAAUAGUUUCAGAGCUAAUAAUUUAGUAAUUUGUAUAAUCAGCAGGUCAAUAAAAACAAUCAGCACUUUUCGAAAGGUCCACUUCCAAGGAAGCUAGAGACCGUCCUUUUUAAUUAAUUCGCCUGCACCAUCCCCUUAUAUCGAGGGUCUAAUUCCACAUCUUAUUCCUUCUUAUAUUCCCUAAGAUUAUUUUAUUUCUAAUCGGAGCUCCUAUCUUGCUUGUCCUCCAUUCUUUUUCAUCUACCUUUGAAUCUUUCAUACUUGUAUAUAAAGCUUUACUUCCUCCUCUGCUACUCCUUUUCUAUCAAUCAUCAAAACACAUUCAUUGUAUUAAACCCUAAACCCCGAGAACCUGAAAUACCACAAAUGAGACCUUUUGGCUUGAUCUUUACGGUCAUGUUCUUGGUCUCAGCCUUUUCAGAAUCAAGAACCGCCGAUUGUAGGGUUCUCCUUGGUGGCUCAUCGGAGGAAAUAGGUCCAUCAAAGAAUCAUGGGGUCGAUUUUCAACGUAAAGAGUUGUUAGGGGUCGUGAUGCGUGGUUAUAAAAGGUUACGGUCGCUUUCUUCAGCUGGGGAGAGGAUGCACACAAUGGCUUCAGGACCGAGCAGGAAAGGUUCUGGUCACUAAAAGACUAUUGAUCCACUUAGAUUAUUUCUAUACAUCAAUAUUUGUUUAGCUCAGGUUAUAGUAAAGGCUUUUCAUUUGUUAUAUUGUAUUUAUUCAGUCGUGAAAAAAACAAUGUAAAGUUUAGAAGGGAAAUUUUUUGAUCA